GCCCCAUCCUGAGCUCCGAGUCCGAGCCCUCUUUGUGCGUUAGUGGGGGCAUUUCCUCCUUCGUUCACCUCGCUUACUCCUGAUUUCUCAACUCCACUGGCGCCUAUCGAGAGAGGCACAGAUCCAGCCUAGCUUUCUAGCUCCCAGAUCUUUUAGAUUCACCUGCUCCGGCGAUGGCUCAGCCGCUUGUGAAGAAGGACGACGAUCGGGACGAUGAAGCUGAGUAUUCUCCCUUUCUGGGAAUUGAGAAGGGUGCUGUUCUUCAAGAAGCCAGGGUUUUCAAUGACCCACAACUUGAUGCUAGGAGAUGUUCCCAGGUUAUCACAAAACUUUUAUACCUAUUGAAUCAAGGAGAGACAUUUACCAAGAUUGAAGCCACAGAAGUUUUCUUUGCUGUGACUAAGCUUUUCCAAUCUAGGGAUAUUGGGCUGAGGAGGAUGGUCUACCUGAUGAUAAAGGAGCUUUCUCCCUCAGCAGAUGAGGUUAUAAUUGUGACAAGCUCCCUCAUGAAGGACAUGAAUAGCAAGACUGAUAUGUAUAGGGCAAAUGCUAUUCGUGUACUUUGUCGAAUUACAGAUGGAACCCUCCUUGCCCAAAUCGAGAGGUAUUUGAAACAAGCAAUUGUCGAUAAGAAUCCAGUUGUUGCAAGUGCAGCCCUAGUUAGUGGCAUUCAUCUCCUACAGACAAAUCCUGAGAUUGUGAAAAGGUGGAGCAAUGAGGUUCAAGAAGCUGUUCAAUCAAGAGCAGCUCUUGUGCAGUUUCAUGCACUUGCUUUGCUACAUCAGAUAAGGCAGAAUGAUCGCCUAGCUGUUAGCAAGUUGGUUACCAGCUUGACGAGGGGAACUGUUCGCUCACCCUUGGCCCAAUGCCUUUUGAUCCGUUAUACCAGUCAGGUUAUUCGUGAGUCAAGCAAUAAUACACAAACGGGGGACCGUCCGUUUUAUGAUUUUCUUGAGAGCUGCCUUCGCCACAAAUCAGAGAUGGUGAUUUUUGAGGCAGCCAGAGCAAUUACUGAGCUCAAUGGUGUAACAAAUCGGGAGUUAACUCCUGCAAUUACUGUUCUUCAGCUCUUUCUAAGUUCUUCUAAACCAGUCUUGAGAUUUGCUGCUGUUCGCACUUUGAACAAGGUAGCAAUGACACAUCCCAUGGCUGUCACCAACUGCAACAUUGAUAUGGAAAGUUUAAUCUCUGACCAAAACAGAAGCAUUGCCACACUUGCAAUAACUACGCUGUUGAAGACAGGAAAUGAAUCCAGUGUGGACCGUCUUAUGAAGCAGAUUACAAAUUUUAUGUCAGAUAUCGCUGAUGAGUUCAAAAUUGUUGUUGUUGAUGCCAUAAGAUCACUGUGUUUAAAAUUUCCCUUGAAAUAUCGAUCUCUGAUGAACUUCUUGAGUAACAUUCUUCGGGAAGAAGGUGGAUUUGAGUACAAGAAGGCAAUCGUAGAUUCAAUUGUGAUUCUAAUAAGAGAUAUCCCAGAUGCAAAGGAGAGUGGGUUGCUUCAUCUUUGUGAGUUCAUUGAAGAUUGCGAAUUCACCUAUUUGUCCACACAGAUACUGCACUUCCUGGGAGUUGAAGGACCAAAAACUUCUGACCCCAGCAAAUAUAUACGUUACAUAUAUAAUAGAGUGCAUCUUGAGAACGCAACUGUCAGGGCCAGUGCUGUUAGCACUUUGGCAAAGUUUGGUGCUGCAGUUGAAUCAUUGAAGCCCCGGAUAUUCGUUCUGCUGAGGCGAUGUCUUUUUGACAGUGAUGAUGAGGUUCGUGAUAGGGCAACACUUUAUCUUAAUACACUUGGAGGAGAUGACACAGUUUUUGAGACUGAUAAAGAUGUUAAGGACUUCCUCUUUGGUUAUUUUGAUAUCCCCCUCAUGAAUCUGGAGAAUAGUUUGAAAAAUUAUGAGCCUUCGGAAGAACCUUUUGACAUCAACUCUGUGCCUAGGGAGGUUAAGUCUCAGCCACUUGCAGAGAAGAAGGCGCCAGGCAAAAAGCCAACUGGUUUGGGUGCUCCUCCAAGUGGCCCUCCAUCAACUGCAGAUGCAUAUGAAAGGCUGCUGUCCUCCAUUCCCGAGUUUGCAAACUUUGGGAAGCUCUUCAAGUCCUCACCGCCUGUGGAACUUACUGAAGCAGAGACAGAAUAUGCUGUCAAUGUUGUUAAGCACAUUUUUGAUAGGCAUGUGGUGUUCCAGUAUAACUGCACAAACACCAUACCAGAGCAAUUACUGGAAGAUGUUACCGUAAUUGUAGAUGCCUCAGAUGCGGAGGAAUUUUCUGAGGUUUUCUCCAAGCCUCUCAGAUCUCUUCCUUAUGAUUCACCUGGGCAGACAUUUGUGGCUUUUGAGAAGCCAGAAGGAUUGCCAACUGUUGGAAAAUUUACCAACAUUCUGAAAUUUAUUGUUAAAGAGGUUGACCCAUCCACCGGUGAGGCAGAAGAUGAUGGUGUUGAAGAUGAAUACCAGCUUGAGGAUUUGGAUGUUGUUGCAGCCGAUUACAUGUUGAAAGUGGGAGUGUCUAAUUUUAGAAAUGCAUGGGAAAACAUGGAUCCUGAUGCUGAGCGAGUGGAUGAAUAUGGGCUUGGCCCAAGAGAGAGCUUGGCGGAGGCUGUAAAUACCGUCAUCAAUCUACUUGGCAUGCACCCUUGUGAGGGCACAGAGACUGUCCCACCCAAUGCAAGGUCACACACAUGUCUAUUGUCUGGUGUAUUUAUAGGGAGUGUAAAGGUGCUUGUGCGCUUGUCCUUUGGACUCGACGGUCCAAAGGAUGUUGCGAUGAAACUGGCGGUUAGAUCGGAGGAUGAAUCUGUCAGUGAUGCCAUCCACGAGAUUGUAGCGAGCGGCUAGUUAAUCCUACAGAUAUGAUUCUUUUUGUUCUGGAUAGUGAAUGCAAUUGGAGUUAAACAGUCCCAUAGAUAGGCUUGUGUAAAGAAUUGCAAUAUAGUACUCAAUUGGGCAAUAUAUGGAGUUCUCUGCCAUUGCUGCAUGAUUGUUAAAUGAGCCAUGUUAGUUCAAGUAACAGGUUCGGCUUAUUGAAGUGACUUGCACUCUCAUGAUUAUACGUGAUUGUUUUCCUUGUUGGCCAAUGUAUUAUGAAUUUUGAGGCGUUGCCUAGAUUUCUGUGUCCUUGAUUAAUUGAAUAUCUGUCAAUUUGUCAA